UCAUAAGUUAUCAUAAAAGAUGACUUGGGAAUUAUAUAUUUAGUAGGGUUUUGAUUGUGUGAAGAAGAGAAUACUGUUUCCAAUACCAACUACUACCUGUACAAGUGUGUGUAAGCAAUGAGUUCUUCACUUUCCCAAUAAUUAUUAAUAAAAAUGGCCAUUAUUAUUUAUAUGUCAGUAGAUACCUCUUGAUACUUUAUCCUCCCCUAGCUACAAUCAUCAUCAUCAUGAGCAUCUAGCAAUAUUUCAAUCCCUCAUUACUCCUCCAAAUCAAUGCUAAAGCUUCUCAAUUCCCCCUAUUCCUCCACCAUUAUUGCCACACCCCAUCUAGAUCUACACCACAAGCCUCUCUCCCUUUUUCUUUCUAAAUAGGGUUUCUUCUUUCUAGAUCUAGCUCAUUCAAGAAAAGCAGUGCUCAUGGGCACACAGUACUGUGUGUUUGUGUGAAAUGUUUGGUUCAGAACAAGAGGAAUCAUCACCACAAAAUAUUAUAAAUAUGCACUUUGAUCACCAACAUCACCAGACUACCAUAACUUCACCUUCAGUUCAUAUGAGACAGCUGCUCAUUAGCUGUGCUGAACAUAUUUCUAGAUGCGAUUUCUACGGCGCUCACCGAUUGAUCAACAUUUUGUCAGCCAAUUCUUCGCCUUGCGGCGACUCCACCGAGAGAUUAGUCCAUCAGUUCAGCAAAGCCCUAAGUCUCCGUCUCCACAGCUUUGCUGACACCAGCACCAUAACAUCAGGUUCCACCAGCAAUUUAGUGAUCCCCUCGUUGCUGACUCCCAAGAUUUCACCUGCAUUGCCGAGUAGUGCGGGUUCGGGUUCGGGUUCGAGUACGCAACAAGUGUUUGAUGACGAAUCCGUUGUUCAAUCGGCUUACUUGUCACUCAACCAAAUAACGCCUUUUAUAAGAUUCACUCAUCUAACCGCAAACCAAGCGAUACUAGAAUCGGUUGAAGGGCAUCAUGCGAUCCACAUCCUUGAUUUCAACAUCAUGCACGGCGUGCAAUGGCCGCCUUUAAUGCAAGCCAUGGCCGAGAAGUUCCCUCCUCCAAUGCUCCGAAUCACGGGGACCGGUGACAAUCUAACCAUCCUCAGAAGAACCGGUGAUCGCCUGGCCAAAUUUGCGCAUACUCUCGGCCUUAGGUUUCAAUUUCACCCUGUUCUACUCCUCGAGAACGAGGAGUCCUCAAUUUCUUCAUUCUUCGCUUCAUUCGCGGCUUAUCUUCAGCCAGACGAAACCCUAGCUGUCAAUUGUGUGCUAUACCUCCACCGUCUCAGCCGCGAAAGAUUAUCCCUCUUUCUGCAUCAAAUCAAGGCCUUAAACCCUAGGGUUCUCACAUUAGCCGAAAGAGAAGCCAACCAUAACCUCCCAAUCUUCUUGCAAAGAUUCGUCGAGGCCUUGGAUCAUUACACAGCUUUGUUUGACUCGCUAGAAGCUACCUUACCGCCCAACAGCCGCCAAAGAAUAGAAGUUGAGCAAAUAUGGUUCGGCAGAGAGAUAGCCGAUAUCAUCGCAUCAGAAGGCGAAACGAGGAGAGAAAGACACGAGAGAUUCCGGGCAUGGGAGCUUAUGUUGAGAGGCUCUGGAUUUCACAAUCUUGCUUUAAGCCCUUUCGCACUUUCGCAAGCCAAGCUCUUGUUAAGACUUCACUACCCUUCCGAGGGUUACAAACUUCAUAUUCUUAAUGAUUCUUUCUUCUUGGGGUGGCAAAACCAACAUCUUUUCUCCGUUUCUUCUUGGCAUUAAUUAGACGCUCCGCUACAAGAAAAACGGCUAUUUCCUACCGAUCAAAGCGGACCAGAAAUUAAAAAUCGGUAGGAAAUGGUCAUAUUGUUAGCUAGCUAAACAAUAACCUUUUGACCAGAAGGAUUAAUUAAUGAUGAUUAGUAUUUAAAACCCUAACCCUAAUUAGCCUGCUGCAUGGAUAAUUCUUCAGCUUGCAUGUGACAGCAGAUUUGCAGAGGAAAAGAAAGAAGGAAUAUUAGUAAAGCAAGCAUGCACACACCUGAAGAGGAAGCUGACUUUUGGAAGAUCAAAAUUCAAACACAAACACUUGAUGGAUAUGGAUUCCAAAUUGACCUUCUUUUCUGAUCAGGUUUUUCUUGGAGCUUGAGCUCGAACUGAUGAAUGUUUUACUCUUAAUUUUAUACUACUUGUGAGAUUAAUA